GGAAUUAUCUGUGAAUAUUCUGUGUAUUAUUGUGUAAUUUAAACGGUAGUUGAGCGUUAGAUUUGCAUUUUUAAAGAGAAACGUAUCGAACAGUACCGCAGAAAGGGAAUUUUACUCGGAUAAACAACUCGGAGGGCGAAAAACUGACCAAUGACCAAUAUUGAGCAGCACCAUGACGUGGUUAAGGAAAGCUUUUUUCUCUUCAUCCGGAAGCAUAUACCGAAAGCGGAUUUAAGUAUCGUAGACGAAAUCGUCCUCUCAUACGUAAUAUCAAUCCUCGAAGAAGCUUCCCAGGACCCCUGCUUUGAUGUUGAAGGUUUCAUCGAGAUGAUGUCGGCGUACUUUAACGAAUUUUCCAAUAUCGAACCGGAAACGGUAUGUGCGUGGAUUUUUGAGCUGGAAAAUCAGAUCUCCAACAAGAAUCCGAUCUCAAAAACAGAAUCAAGCAAUUUAUCUCUAAAUUCGCUCUCGUUGGUCGAUAUGAUACCAGAGGAGAAGUUACGGGGUCGCCAUUCAUCUGAAAGCGAUCGUGAGCCAAUGGGAAACGAUUCGCACAAACGAACCCAUCAUCUGUCCGAUAGCGAUGGAGGAUCAACUGAAGGAUGCAAUUACGACCUCUUUGCCGAGCAGUGUGACAUUCUGCAGGAAAUGUUCCCCGAUAGUUCGUUCAUUGAGGUAAAGCACUGCAUUUUAAUAGCAAAUGGCGAUGUCGAUCGAGCAACACAGAUUCUCCUGCAUCGCCAAGAAGCUGGCCAAAGCCUGAAGGGACCGUCGAAUAAUAUGUUGCAGGCCAGCAAACCUCACCAGCAGGUAGACGAACAUGAGCUUAAAAAUCGUAUCAUCUCAAAAUAUUCUUACGUCGACAAAGAGGACAACCGAGAGUAUAAGCCGGUGGCCCCGAAGGUCGAACCGAAGAAAAUGAUCCGGUAUCGAGACAAUAAGAUCGUUUCGUUUAAAGGCGAACGCUACACGGAAGUGUCCCGCCGGGGCGGUGAGGAAGAGACUGAACUCAAAAAACCUAAGAAACCUAUCUGUCCGUAACUAAUGAUACUCAUCGACACUCUCACUAGUUCAUAGCGAAACGUUAAGAGCUUCAUCGAAGCUGUAGUCGAAUCUGAACGCAGAAGCACCGCCCAGCAGCAGCAGAAACGCCCCGCAACGGAUGGCCACUGGUGCCUGCGGCGGUGCACGGAACCCCUUCCCCGUGUAAACGGCCGUUUGCCGUCAUUCUCAAGACUUACAGUCAUUCUUCUCGAAGUAAAAUCACAUAAGCAUACGCGUUGUAGUGGAUGGAAAGAUCUGAAAUGUUCAGUAUGAAUAGAGGGUGUAAGAGAAAUUUGGUAUUUUAAGCGACCUUAUUUCUCCGUAUUUUAUAGUUGUACAAAAUGUUCGUACGUUAGUCAGGGUAAUUUGUCAGAAUCAACUGUACUUAACUUAUAUUGACGACUAGUAACAUUACCGUUGUGUGUGGUAUUCAGUUGACUAGGUUUCUGACGAAUCAUACCGAUAUUUUAUGGGUUAGUACGCUUAGUUCCUUGCAAGAGAAACAAUGCCGCUUCCUCCUGCAAUCCUUUCCUUUGUAUUCAUAGAUAACCGUAAU